UUUUUGAUCUUGUUCCAACAUUAAAGUUGAGCAACAUCUAAAGGUCAGGAUGACAGCAACAUAUAAGACCAUGGGGUUCCUUCCACCACCACAUCAUUGCAGCCAUGGCGUUCCUCUGGCUCCUCUCCUGCUUCGCUCUCCUCGCCGCCUCUCAUGGCCUUCAAUGUGGUUUGCCCGCCAUCACUCCUGUGAUCACGGGCUAUUCACGAAUUGUAAACGGUGAAGAGGCCGUGCCUGGCUCCUGGCCCUGGCAAGUCUCCCUCCAGGACUACAGUGGCUGGCAUUUCUGCGGUGGUUCCCUGAUCAAUGAAAACUGGGUCGUAACUGCUGCCCAUUGUGGUGUAAGUAAAUCAGACAAAGUGAUUCUUGGAGCACACGACAAAAGUCAGUCAGAGGCAAGCCAACAAGUCAUGUCUAUUGAAAAGGUGUUUACUCAUCCUCGGAGGAUUACCGAAUUUGACGUUACUUUAGUGAAACUCGCAUCCUCCCCAGUGCUCACAAGCCGUGUCUCCCCCGUGUGUCUCACAACAGAAGACUUUGCCGGAGGCACCAUGUGUGUCACCACUGGAUGGGGCAGGACUCGAGCAAGUCCUGCUGAGCGUCCCACCAAACUGCAGCAAGCGGCCCUGCCUCUCCUAACCAACACCGAUUGCAAGAAGUACUGGGGGAGCAAUGUCUUAGUCAGCAUGAUCUGUGCUGGUGCGGCUGGUGCCUCAUCCUGCAUGGGUGACUCUGGAGGUCCUCUUGUCUGCCAGAAGAACGGUGUGUGGAACCAGGUUGGAGUAGUUUCCUGGGGCAGCAGCAGCUGCUCUACCAGUACUCCCGGGGUCUACGCCCGAGUGACUAAACACAUUAGUUGGAUCGAGCAGAUCAUUGCAGCCAACUGA